GCAUGACCAGAUAUCUCCCCUUGUGUUUCAUUUUGCUGAUCAUACUGAUUGACAAGAGUGAAGCCUGUUUCUGUGACCACUACCCAUGGACUCACUGGUCCAGCUGUUCUAAGUCCUGCAAUUCUGGAACCCAGAGCAGACAGAGACAAAUCGUAGUGAACGAUUACUAUCGGGAGAACUCCUGUGAUCAGCUCUGUACCAAGCAGGAGACCAGACAGUGCAACGUGGAGACAUGUCCCAUCAACUGUGUCCUAGGAGACUAUGGAACAUGGUCAGACUGUGACCCUUGUAUUGGAAAACAGGUUAAAGUUAGAUCUGUCCUGCGCCCAAGUCAGUUUGGGGGACAACCAUGCACAGAGCCCCUGGUGACCUUUCAACCAUGUGUCCCAUCUGAGCUCUGCAAAAUUGAAGAGACUGAUUGCAAGAAUAAAUUCCUCUGUGACAGUGGGCGCUGUAUUCCCAGCAAGUUAGAAUGCAAUGGAGAAAAUGACUGUGGAGACAAUUCAGAUGAAAGGAACUGUGGGAGGACAAAGCCAGUAUGCUCACGGACAUACACUCCUAUCCCCAGUGUGCAGCUGAUGGGCGCUGGGUUUCAUUUUCUGGCAGGAGAGCCCAGAGGAGAUGUCCUUGAUAACUCCUUCACUGGAGGAAUAUGUAAAUCCGUUAGGAGCAGCCGAACGAGUAAUCCACACCGCGUUCCAGCCAAUCUGGAAAACGUCAACUUUGAGGUACAAACUAUAGAAGAUGACUUGAAAACAGAUUUCUACAAGGAUUUAGCCACUAUUGGAAAAAAUAAAAAUGAAGACCGUUCAUUGUCUGGUGAGAAGAAAGACUCUUUCCACGUACCGAUUUUUUAUUCCUCAAAGAAAAGUGAAACUUUCCAACGUAACUCGGGCUUCAAAAAAGCCAUUGAAGCCUCCCACAAGAAGGAUUCGAGCUUUGUUAGGAUCCAUAAAGUGAUAAAAGUCUUAAACUUCACCAUGAAAACGACAGACCUGCAGCUUUCAGACGUCUUCCUAAAAGCCCUCGUCCACCUGCCUUUAGAAUACAACUUUGCUUUGUACAGCCGGAUAUUUGAUGACUUCGGGACCCACUAUUUCACCUCAGGCUCCCUUGGGGGCAAGUAUGACCUUCUCUACCAAUUCAGCCGCCAGGAGCUACAGAACUCAGGUUUAACAGAAGAAGAAACUCGAAACUGUGUCCGGUAUGAAACAAAGAAACGCUUCUUAUUUUUUACGAAAACAUACAAGGAAGACCGGUGCACCACAAAUAGGCUGUCUGAAAAGUACAAAGGUUCCUUUUUACAGGGAUCAGAGAAAUCUAUAUCCCUGGUCCAGGGCGGGAGGAGUCAGCAGGCAGCAGCCUUGGCUUGGGAGAAGGGCAGCUCUGGUCCAGAGGCGAAUGUCUUCUCUGAGUGGUUAGAAUCGGUGAAAGAAAACCCUGCUGUGGUUGAUUAUGAGCUUGCUCCAAUCAUCGACUUGGUCAGAAACAUCCCAUGUGCAGUGACAAAACGGAACAACCUCAGGAAAGCCCUUCAAGAAUAUGCAGCCAAGUUUGACCCUUGCCAAUGUGCUCCGUGUCCUAAUAAUGGCCGCCCCAGGCUCUCAGGCACGGAAUGUUUGUGUGUGUGUCAGAGUGGUACCUACGGUGAGAACUGUGAAAAACGGUCCCCAGAUUAUAAAUCGGAUGCAGUGGAUGGGAACUGGGGCUGCUGGUCUUCCUGGAGCGCAUGCAAUGCUGCUUAUAGGAGGUCAAGGAGCCGGGAGUGUAAUAACCCUGAGCCACAGCGAGGAGGGCAGCGCUGUGAGGGCAAGCAUUGGCAAGAAGAAGACUGUACAUUCUCAAUAAUGGAAAAAGUUGGACAACCAUGUAUCAGCGAUGAUGAAGAAAUAAAAGAAGUAGACCUUGCUGAGCCAGAAGCAGAUUCAGGGUGUCCUCAGCCACCUCUCCCAGAAAAUGCAUUUGUCUGGAAUGAAAAGAAACUGUACUCAGUUGGGGAGGAAGUUGAAAUUUCAUGUCUCACUGGAUUCAAAGCUGUUGGAUACCAGUACUUCAGAUGCCUACCAGACAGAACCUGGAGGCAAGGAGAUGUCGAAUGCCAACGGACCGAGUGCCUCAAACCAGUUGUUCAGGAUGUCCUGACCAUCUCCCCAUUUCAGAGUGUGUACAAGAUUGGGGAAUCCAUUGAGCUGACCUGUCCCAGAGGCUUUGUUGUUGCUGGCCCAUCGAGGUAUACAUGCAAGGGAGACUCCUGGACACCUCCCAUUCCAAAUUCACUGAGCUGUGAGAAAGAUAUUCUGACAAAGUCAAAGGGCGUUUGUCAACCGGGACAAAAGCAAUCAGGAUCCGAGUGUGUUUGUAUGUCCCCAGAAGAAGACUGUAGCAGUUAUUCAGAAGAUCUCUGUAUAUUUGAUGAGGGAUCCAGUCAGUACUUCACUUCAUCUGCUUGCAAAUUUUUGGCUGAAAAAUGUUUAAACAGCGACCAGUUCCACUUUGUCCAUGUUGGUUCCUGCCAAGAAGGCCCACAGUUAGAAUGGGGUCUUGAGAGGCUAAAACUCGCAAUGAAGAGCACAAAGAGAGUACCCUGUGGAUAUGAUACCUGCUAUGACUGGGAAAAAUGUUCAGCCCACACCUCCAACUGUGUCUGCCUAUUGCCCCCACGAUGCCCCAAGGAUGAAAACCAACUCCACUGUGUCAAAAUGGGAUCAUCAAUGCGUGGGAAAACAGUAAACAUCUGUACACUGGGAGCCGUGAGGUGUGCAAACAGGAAGGUGGAAAUACUGAACCCUGGGAGGUGCUUGGAUUAGCACUGCUAGUGAUGAAUGAAUUUACUAUUCAAAAACAACGGACAGGAAGUGAGGAAAGUGAAUGGAUGGGAGCAAAGUAUGAUAACACAUAUCUUCAGGAAUGUCAUGAUAAAAACCCAUUACUUUGUAUAAUAACCUAAACAAACUCUUUUUUUUUUAAAAAAACUCAUAUGUAAACUAACAUAGCCAUAAAUUGCUG